AUGUUAACUGAGCAAAAGAUAUUCGAGACUCGCUUCAAAGUGGCGUCGACAGGCGGAGGAGACGAGAAACCCGCAAAGCCACCAGUGGAUGCAGAAGAACAAGAAGAAAAUGAAAAAGACGAUUCGGAUAGAAUAUUCAAGAUAGUCGUUUGUGGUGAUGGAUCUUCAGGGAAAACAUCAAUUUGUUCCCGUUUCUCGCACGAUCAUUUUGACAAGAAUUAUCAUCAGACUCUUGGAUUAGACUUUUUCUCUCGACGAUUGGGGCUACCUGGAGAGGUUCAAGUGUUGUUACAGGUUUGGGAUAUUGGUGGGCAAUCAAUAGCGGGUGAAAUGUUGGAGAAAUAUGUCUAUGGAGCAAAUGCGGCACUGGUUGUGUACGAUGUAACAAAUUCUGGCUCAUUCGAAGAUGUGAGCGAUUGGGUGAACGCGAUAAAGCGCAUCACAAAACAGCAAGAAAAGCCUCCCCGAUUGGCAUUGGUGGGAAAUAAGACUGAUCUCGAGCAUCGACGAGUGAUUCGAAUCGAUAAACAUAACAAAUUUGCUGAUGAGCAUGGGAUGACCAGUUUCUAUGUUUCAGCGAAAACCGGCGAUAGUGUUACGUUGAUGUUUAGACAAAUAGCUGCUGAUCUUGUCGGCGUGGCUUUAUCAAAAACUGAUGUCGAGAGUGAUAUUGUCAUUGUUGAAGGAGAAGUAACAAAAGAAGAAAACCCCGUCAAAAGACGAGUCGUUGAUCAAUCGAAAAACACUGCUGUCUGCUCAAUUCAA